AAACCGGCAGUCCGACCGCGUCAGAGUCGCAGUGCGCAUGCGUCCGCCAUUUUAUGUUGUUAUGGUAACCGAGUGACAAAUAAAAGAAUAAUUAAGUUUUAUUUUGAUAAAAACAAGUGACUGUGCGCCGUUUGGUGUUAUUUUAUUGAUUUUUUUUUAAAUUAUGACGUGAAUCGCGCGCGCUGGUGACAUGAAAGGUUACAUACUGGCCCUCUUGGGCUUCGCGGUUUUGGACCUUGGACUCGCGCAGGGGCCGGAGAAACGGAGGACUGGAAAUGUCUGCAACACGGACAUCCAGUGUCCAGACAAUGCUUUCUGCAAACAGAGCAGCUACUGCGUCUGCAAGGAUGGCUUCGUGUACGCGGCUGUUAAUAGCACGCAUAAGGGGUGCUUGAAAGAGGCACGCAACGGCGAGGCAUGUGUACAGCACAUCCAAUGCCACUCCACGAUGGGGGUACACUCCGAGUGCGUAGACGGCACGUGCGCGUGCGCAACCGGCGCUCAUCUUGAAACCGACAGAUGCUAUGAAAGCGCUGUGGUCGGUGAGCGCUGUGUGGUAGAUCAGAACUGUUAUCUUGGUGAGCCAGGACCGGAGCGACAGGCCUUUUGCGUGCGAGGGUAUUGUACUUGCCAGCUGCAGUUCAGUCCAAGGGAUAAUGGGACUAGAUGUGUCCGAGAUGCCCUUCUAGGCGAACAGUGUGAGGACAACCUUCAAUGCGCAGGGCCAGGCCUUGAGUGUCGCGGCACUUGCCGGUGUAGAGACAACUGGGUCGCGCAGGAGGACAUCAACGCGUGUGUGGAGUCCGCGAAACAGCUAAACGACGCGUGCCAAUACGACGUGCAAUGUGACGCUCUAUCCGGCGUGCCGGAAGCUCGAUCAACCGGCGCUGCAUUAUGUUUGGGAGGUGCCUGCGCUUGCGCAUAUAACGCAAGGCCUGUGGGCAAACCUGCGCAUUGUUGGCAUACUAGACGACCCGGACAGGAGUGUGUUAGGGAUGAGGAAUGUGUAUCCGAAGAAGACGAGCCAGGUUAUUGCCUAGCUGGUAGAUGUACUUGCAAAACUUGUUCACCUGACGCCAACGACUUCGGUGGAGCGAGCACUUUAUCCCCCCCGCCAAUAUACAUCGCCGCCAUCUUGUGCGCCGCCAUCUUGAGACACUAGCCGCCAUCUUGCGGAACUGUCAAAGUGACAUUGCAAAUGUCAUUCGUGUUCGGAUACGUGUAAUGAAAUAAUACCAGUGUUGGUAGUUAUAAUAAUUCUGAAUUGUUAUUUUUUUUAUUGUGCAAACAUGUUUUUCAUUCGGCCUUUGCGCAGUUAGAAGCUAGUUGUUGAUUAUGGAUGUUGUUAGUUUCAAAGUUUAUUAUAAGUUGUAAAUAAUAUAAAAUGUUGACUAAUGGUUGUUGUUAUGUAUUGUAAGUCGAGAUUAUAACAGUUCUUCCGAUAAUGCAGUAUUUUUCGAGUGCAAUUUUACGAUGUUGAAAACAAUAUAUUAAUCCUGGGUAGAUGAAACCAAAGAGAAUGUACACAAUCGAACGAGUGUAAAUAAAGUAUUUAUUUUAUUGAA